AUGGAGCACCCCAAAGAUUUCCGCUCGACGGUGCUGCAGGCGCCAUCCCGCCACGAUGACCGCGAAGACGACCGCGACCGCGACCGUGACCGUGACCGUGAACGCCGCCAUCACCGCGACAUCAUGAACCCGACACCCGGUAGUACGCGCCACUCGGGCUUCAGUCUGCGAUCACCAACCCAGUCCGACUUCCACCACCCGCAACACUCCCCAUACUCGCCAAAGGGGCCUUCCCAUCCGCACCACUCCCCGCCGUCCCAUCAAUCCGGCCUGUCGCAUCCGAAUCCCCUCUACUCGUCGUCGUCGUCGUCGUCCGCCGGCGGCCCGCUCGCGCCGUUGCCAGCACUGGGAGGCGGCAGCACCAGCAGCAGCUCCGGCGCCGGCCAUCACCAGGCUCCGCCGUUGUCGCCGCUGCAUCCCCCCAGCGGAUACUACCCGCCGCCCGAGUCGCAUUCUUCGUCGCGCGAGAAGCCGGCAACGAGCAGCUACUACGAUCCGUUGACUGAUACCACGAGAGAGAGGAGGGUCUCGGACGCGGGAUCGUGGCAUAAUAACGCGGCCAAGACGUCGCCGUCCAAGACCCGCGAUCCUUACGGUAAUUACUCGCAAACCGAGCCGGCCUCUCGCGACUCCCACGCCUACUACAAGAACGGUGGAGGCUACACCUCGCCGUCCGCCGCCAACUUCCCCCCGAGGAGUCCGCGAUCCCACUCCCACUCGCAUCCUCACUCUCAUCAACCGCCAGCCGGUUCCAUCAGCCCGUCAAACAGGGCCGCUUCCCACAUGACCUCCCCCGGCGUGCACGCCUCCAAUGGCGGACUCCCACCUCUGGGCAAGGCCGAGCCUUCUCCCUUGAAGGCACCCGCACCUGCCAGCACUCCCAGCCGCGCCGACCCCAUGUCCUUCUCCAACAUCCUCUCCAGUUCCGAACCCGUCGCGAAGCCAAAAUCAAAAUCUCCCCCCGUCGAGCUCAAGGAAAAAGAAGCCGAGAAGGAGACCCGGUCCGAUCCCAAGCCUCGCUCUGUCGACCCGCCCGUCAAGACCGAACGCGAAGCCGAGAUCGAGCUCCGUCCCGAGCCCAAGGAGCGCUCCAGCACGCCGCUCGCCCGCAAGGAGAAGAAAGAGAGGGUCCCCAGAAAGUCAAAGUCGCGGGCGUCGGAUCUGAGGGGUUCCGAGUCGACCCCCAAGACCAGCCGUCGCUCGUCGUCCAAGAUGGAGACCCCGACGCCUCGCGUCCCUGCUAAGCGUCAGGCUAAUGGCCAGCCCAAGCAGAAGACUCUCCCCGCCGAGAAGGAGAAGAAGGUGCAGGCCUUGAUCGCCAAGCUCGACGCCGAUGCCGACGACCUCGACGAUGCUGGCCUCUCCGACGAGUACGCCCAGUUCCAGCAACGCGGCAACAAGCGCCGCCGCGUCUUGCAGGCCAACGACAGCAAGCAGAACGUCGAAAGACGCGACGACUUCGCCGCCGAAAUGGGCCGCAGGUUAGGCGUCCACGCCGACCUCGGAAAGCGCCGCUACGAUGACAUUUACUACGAAGAGGCCAUGAACGAGGUCAGAGAGCGCGAGCUCUUCGCCGAGAAGGAACGCAAGAAGGACAUGCAACGCAAGCGACGCCGCGAAAAGUCCAUGGCCGUCACCAUGGAGCAGCAGAAACUUGCCCUGGAGCGCGCGCGCCUUGCCGAGGACGAGACCGAAAAGGCGAAGCAUCUGCGGGACGCCGAGCGCGCCAACAAGAAGGCUCAGCAGACCAAGCUGAUCCUGCAAAAGGGUAUUAAGGGCCCCGCCCGCAACCUUGUUGAGCUCAAUCUCGAGGGAGGUACUAUGGCUACCUUCCAAGCGUCUGACAUGGAGCCAGGCAACAAGCCCAAGGGCAAGGGUCGCGGUGGUCCCCGGCCCAAAAAGUCCAAGGAGCAGAAACAGGCCGAGAAGGAUUCCGCCGAGGCUGCUCAGGCUGCUAUCGACGCCGGGGAGGAGCUGCCCACCAAGGACGAGUCCAAGAUCCGCAUCAAGUUCAGCAAAAAGAAGGACAAGGAGAAGAACAAGGACAAGGAUCUGGACGAUGCCGACAUCGAGAUACCCGACAUCGACGUCGAUGUCGACGAGGAAACCAUCCUCGAACCCGCCGAGGAGAAGAAGGGCAAGAAAGAAAAGAAGAAGAAGGAGAAGAAGGAAGACAAGCCCGAGGAGCCUCCCAAUAAGGACGCCAAGUUCGAGACCAAGGGUUUCCUCCAGAUCUACGACCAGAUUUGGCGCGACCUGGCCCGCAAAGACGUCAGCAAGGCCUACAAGCUCGCCGCCGAGUCGUACCAGACCAAGGCUUCAAACCUUAAGAAGACCGCCAUUCUCGCUUCGAAGGAGGCCAAGAGAUGGCAACUCCGCACAAACAAGGGCACCAAGGACCAGCAGGCCCGCGCCAAGCGUGUCAUGCGCGACAUGAUGGGCUUCUGGAAGCGCAACGAGCGUGAGGAGCGUGAUCUCAGGAAGGCUGCUGAAAAGCAGGAGAUUGAGAACGCCCGAAAGGAGGAAGCCGAGCGCGAAGCCGCCCGCCAGAAGAGGAAGCUCAACUUCCUCAUCUCCCAGACUGAGCUCUACUCCCAUUUCAUCGGCAAGAAGAUCAAGACCGACGAAGUCGAACGCAGUACCGAUAACCCCGAGAUUGCCGCCGCCAACAAGGACGAGACCCAGCAGAACAAGAACCUGGACAUCGACGAGCCCACCGGACCUCUGGGUGCCAAGGUCACCAACUUCGAGAACCUCGAUUUCGACGAGGAGAGCGAGGAGACCCUGCGUGCCGCCGCCAUGGCCAACGCUCAGAACGCCAUCGCCGAAGCGCAGAAGAAGGCCAGGGCGUUCAACGAGCCUCAAGGUCCCGACAUGGACGAGGAGGGCGAGAUGAACUUCCAGAACCCUGCCGGCAUGGGCGACGUCGAGAUCGAGCAGCCCAAGCUGAUCAACGCCCAGUUGAAGGAGUACCAGCUGAAGGGUCUCAACUGGCUCGCCAACUUGUACGAGCAGGGCAUCAACGGUAUUCUCGCUGACGAAAUGGGUCUCGGAAAGACUGUCCAGUCGAUUUCUGUUAUGGCUUACCUCGCCGAAAAGUACGACAUCUGGGGUCCCUUCCUCGUCGUUGCCCCCGCGUCCACCUUGCAUAACUGGGAACAAGAAAUAAGAAAAUUUGUACCGGAGUUUAAGAUCCUCCCGUACUGGGGAUCUGCAGGUGACCGAAAGGUUCUGCGCAAGUUCUGGGACCGCAAGCACAUGACCUACAAGAAGGACGCCGCCUUCCACGUCUGCGUCACUUCGUACCAGCUCGUCGUUUCCGACGUUGCGUACUUCCAGAAGAUGAAGUGGCAGUACAUGAUUCUCGACGAGGCCCAGGCCAUCAAGAGUUCUCAGAGUUCCAGAUGGAAGAGCUUGCUCGGCUUCCACUGCCGAAACCGUCUGCUGCUCACCGGUACGCCCAUCCAGAACAACAUGCAGGAGCUGUGGGCUCUGCUCCAUUUCAUCAUGCCUUCGCUCUUCGACUCUCACGACGAGUUCAGCGAAUGGUUCUCCAAGGACAUUGAGUCACACGCCCAGAGCAACACGAAGCUCAACGAGGACCAGCUCAAGCGUCUGCACAUGAUUCUCAAGCCUUUCAUGCUUCGUCGUGUCAAGAAGCAUGUGCAGAAGGAGCUGGGAGACAAGAUCGAAGAGGAUGUCUACUGCGAUCUCACCUACAGACAGAGAGCCAUCUACAGUAACCUUCGCAACCAGAUUAGUAUCAUGGACUUGAUCGAAAAGGCCACUGCAGGUGAUAACGACGACUCGGGUACUCUGAUGAACCUCGUCAUGCAGUUCCGAAAGGUCUGCAACCACCCGGAUCUCUUUGAAAGAGCCGACACCACGUCCCCGUACUCGUUCGGCUACUUCGCAGAGACGGCGUCCUUCAUUAGGGAAGGCAACCAGGUUACAGUCGGCUACUCGACUCGCAACACCAUCGAGUACGAUUUGCCUCGACUUGUUUGGAGAGAGGAUGGCCGCCUCGUCAAGAGCAACAUCAACAACCCGAAGGCUGGCUGGCGAACCAAGAAUCUGCAGCACAUGAUGAACAUCUUCACGCCUGAGCACAUCCGCGACAGCUUGGAGGGCUCUGACAACUUCUCAUGGCUGCGCUUCGCCGACGCCAGCGCCAAUGAGGUGUACAAGGCCAGCCAUCAAGACAUCUUCACCCGCGCCGUCGAGCUGUCCCAGAAGAGCGAUCGCCUGGGACACAUGAACGUGGCCUACGACGAGCCGGAGGACAUCAACUUCACUCCUGCGCACGCCCUGUUCCAGAUCAAGGCCCGGAGAAACCGACGACCUCUGGUCGAUAUCACCGAGGAAGGCAUCUUGGCCAACCUCAUGAACGUGGCACGCAACGAUUACGUCGACAGUGGUCUGGGACGUCUCGAGCAAGCUGGCCGCCCUCGUGCUUCUGCGCCUCCCAUUGAGGUCAGCUGCAGCAGCCGCGGCACCGAAAUUGAGAGGGAGAACAUCAUGUUCAACAUGUCCAUGCGCAAGACUCUGUUCGGCCCGACCAUCCACGAAGAACGUGCCAUGGUCACCGAGAAGAUUCCUCUCUCGCGCUUCCCGCCGAGAAAGCUGCUCCCCGCCCCCGACAACGACAAGAAGAAGUUCACCAACAUCGGCGUGCCGUCGAUGCGUCGCUUCGUCACGGACAGCGGCAAGCUCGCGAAGCUGGACCAACUGCUUACGAGGCUCAAGGCCGAGGGACAUCGCGUGCUGCUGUACUUCCAGAUGACUCGCAUGAUCGAUCUGAUGGAAGAGUACCUGACGUACCGCAAUUACAAGUACUGCCGUCUCGAUGGUUCGACGAAGCUCGAGGACAGAAGAGACACGGUCGCCGACUUCCAGACCCGCCCCGAGAUCUUCAUCUUCCUCCUGUCCACCCGUGCCGGUGGUCUCGGUAUCAACCUUACCUCUGCCGACACCGUCAUCUUCUACGACUCCGAUUGGAACCCUACCAUCGACUCGCAGGCCAUGGACAGAGCUCACAGACUGGGUCAGACUCGUCAAGUCACGGUGUACCGUCUCAUCACUCGCGGUACUAUCGAAGAACGUAUCCGCAAGCGUGCCCAGCAGAAGGAAGAAGUGCAGCGCGUCGUCAUCCAGGGAGGUGGUGCUAGUGUCGACUUCUCUGGUCGUCGCGCUCCCGAGAACCGCAACCGUGACAUUGCCAUGUGGCUUGCGGAUGACGAGCAGGCCGAGAUGAUUGAACGCCGCGAGAGGGAGAUGCUCGAGGCUGGCGAGUUCGACAAGCCCGUCAAGAAGAAGGCUGCCAAGCGCAAGCGCGUGGUCAACGAGAACCUUAGUUUGGACGAGAUGUACCACGAGGGCGAAGGCAACUUCGACGAUCGCAACGCCGCUAAUGGCACCUCAGGCACCGCCACGCCCGUGGCCGAACCCGACGUCAAGGGAGCGAAGAAGAGGCGCGUGGGCGGCAAGAAGGCCAAGACCCUGAAGCAGAGACUCGCCAUCGCGGAUGGCCAAACCGACAUGUGA